CUUAUCAGUUUGUUUCCAAUUAUGAAAUUGUUUAUUUUGAUAUAGACCAGCUAGGACUGCAAAUCAAAAUGAAUUUAUUUUUGUUACUGUGCUUAGGUUUAUUAUUUCCUUGUACUUUACAAAAGGCACUUGAUGAAGACACUUUGUCGCACAUACUGACAGAGUUAAAGAACUUGCAAGAAGCUCAGAAGGAAUGCACUAAUACAGUUUCCGAGCUGAAAGAAUAUAAAUCCCGCGUUUUGUCUUUAGAAAACACAGUGAAAGACUUUCAGAACACAGUGAAAGAAUUAAAGGACACCGUGAAGGACUUAAAACAUGAGAAUAACAAGCUAUUCUCGGAAAUACAUCGACUAAAGGACGACAGAAUGCAAAAUACAAACCGUAAUGUCAAUAAAUACGAGUCAAAAACAGAGGGGGCUGCUGUUGGAUUACCCCGUGUUGUCAGAGAGGAGGUCCUUAAUGCCACAUACCCGUUGCUAAUAAAAGUAAUCGAAGGCACGACAAGGAAACAGGAUAAUGAAAGAACCCGUUCUGCGUUCAAAAGGUCGUUUACAAUGAGACCAACACCGACUUACCCAGGCCAGACAGCGAAUACACAUGUUGCAUUUACAGUCGGUCUGUCCCAAAGUGAGGUAACCCUUGGUGACCACAGCAUAGUUAUCUUCGACAACGUGUUUACUAACAUCGGCAGCGCAUACCAGAAAAACACAGGGAUAUUGAUCGCGCCGAUAAAAGGCGCUUACGUCUUCUCUUUAACUAUGGCAGUGUCACCAGGGCAACAUUUAUAUCUAGAGAUUGUAAAAGACGGAAGAUUCGUGAACUCCAUUUAUGCGGACUCCAGAUCUAUGAACAACUACUCAUCUACAACAAAAGAGUGGAUUCUGGAAGUAAACAAAGGAUCUGAAGUGUGGAUCCGUUGCGGAACUCGCGGUGAACUUCACGGAAACUUGCAUAGUAUGUUGUCUGGCUAUCUGUUGUUUGAAACCAAUUAAAUAGCAAAACAAGAGUACAAUACAUCUAUAUAUACAUA